CUGCUUCACUUUUUCUCCUGUUGAAAGCAACAAGCAGAAACAUGGCAAGAACCAAACAAACCGCCCGUAAAUCUACCGGAGGUAAAGCUCCCAGGAAGCAGCUGGCCACCAAGGCUGCGCGUAAGAGCGCGCCUGCCACCGGCGGCGUGAAGAAGCCUCACCGUUACAGGCCCGGGACCGUGGCUCUGAGAGAGAUUCGUCGCUACCAGAAAUCCACGGAGCUGCUGAUCCGCAAGCUGCCCUUCCAGCGCCUGGUGAGAGAGAUCGCUCAGGACUUCAAGACCGACCUGCGCUUCCAGAGCUCUGCUGUCAUGGCUUUGCAGGAGUCCAGCGAGGCUUACCUGGUCGGCCUCUUCGAGGACACCAACCUGUGCGCCAUCCACGCCAAGAGAGUCACCAUCAUGCCCAAGGACAUCCAGCUGGCCCGCCGCAUCCGCGGAGAGAGAGCUUAAACUCUGUCCCGCUGCUACUGCUGCUCCACUAACCUCCACCUCAACGGCUCUUUUAAGAGCCACUUUACCCUGAACUCAAGACCACAUACCUCUGCUGCUUCAGUGUUUUUAAUAACGGAUAAAAGUUCCCUAACUAUAAUAUAGUAUAUCACAGCAUUGUUACACUAUCAAGUAGUUUGACGAUCUUAGCUGUCAUCAGUAAUUGUGGCUACUGAUCACACAUUGAGCAUAAGAUUUAUUGCAUACUGUGCAUGCGUUCAGAGCUAGCAUUGAGAUGAAUGAGGAAAUAUUACUAAAUUAGAAAAAUAAAUUUCAGCUGUAGUGAAGAGGA